AUGCAUAUCUGGAUACUGAAAAUAAUCCUUCUGAUCGCAGCAUCUCUGAGUCUGGUCGAGAUGUACGACAAUUAUGGGGAGAUCUGUAGGAAUCUAUGUACAUGUGAGGAGAAGGAAGGGAUACUGACGGUAAGCUGCGAGAACAGAGGGAUUGUCAGACUGACAGAAAUAAGCCCGGUGCAUUUUUCAAUGUACCACCUUCUGCUGACAGGGAACCUCUUAAAGAAAUUGUCCCUCAACGACUUUAUCAACUACACUGGGGCGACCAUAUUGCAUUUAGGCAACAAUGCUAUCGACGAAGUGGAAACGGGUGCGUUCAAUGGACUCCAAGGAUUAAAGAGAUUGCACUUGAACAACAACAAGAUAGACGUCCUAAGGGAUGAUACGUUUGUCGGCCUGGAGAGUUUGGAAUACCUUCAGAUUGAUUACAAUUACAUCACCAAUAUAGAGCCCAAUGCCCUGAGUAAAUUGCAUCAGCUCACAGUUCUCAUUUUGAAUGACAAUUUGCUCUCUGCUCUGCCUACCAACAUUUUCCGGAAUGUUCCCUUAACACAUCUGGACCUCAGGGGCAACCGGUUGAAAAUGUUUCCUUACAUUGGGCUCCUGGAGCACAUGGACAAAGUGGUGGAAUUACAACUCGAGGAGAACCCGUGGAAUUGCUCAUGUGAGCUCAUCGCCCUGAAAGCUUGGCUGGAGAGCAUAUCAUACACAGCUUUAGUGGGGGAGGUGGUCUGUGAGACGCCGUUCAGGCUGCAUGGCAGAGACCUGGACGAGGUCUCCAAACAGGAGCUGUGCCCCCGCCGAGCAAUCUCUGAAUAUGAAAUGCGCCCCCCUCCCCCACUCAGCACCAAUGGCUAUUUCCAAACCACUCCAGCUUCGGUGACUGCCUCAGCCACCUCAUCGAAUGCUUUCAAGGCGUCGUCAAGGCCUACCAAGGGCACCCGUCAAUCAAACCGAACCAGGUCAAAGCCCACCUCCCGGAUUCCGGCUAACCCUUACAACUAUGGCCCCAUCAUUGCUUAUCAGACCAAAUCUCCUGUGCCUUUGGACUGUCCCACCACCUGUACAUGUAAUCUGCAGAUUGCUGAUCUUGGACUAAACGUCAACUGCCAGGAGAGAAAGAUUGAGAACAUAUCUGACCUGAAGCCCAAGCCAUACAAUCCCAAAAAAAUGUACCUCACGGGGAAUUACAUUCCUGUGGUACGCAGAUCUGAUUUCUUGGAGGCUACCGGAUUGGAUUUGCUUCACCUAGGAAACAAUAGGAUAUCCCUCAUCCAAGACAGAGCAUUUGGGGAUUUAACCAACCUGCGUAGGCUGUAUUUAAAUGGUAAUCUAAUCGACAGGCUUACAGCAGAGAUGUUUUUUGGCCUGCAGAGUUUGCAGUAUCUCUACUUAGAAUACAACAACAUCCGAGAGAUUGUAGGGGGCACUUUCCGGUUUGUGCCAAACCUUCAGCUGCUUUUCCUCAACAAUAACCUUCUGAAAACCUUACCAGGGGGAAUCUUUACUGGGCUGUCCCUCUCUAGACUUAAUCUCCGCAGUAACCAUUUCCAAAACCUGCCUGUGAGCGGUGUGUUAGAUCAGUUAAAAUUGCUGUUGCAGAUAGAUCUGAUUGAGAACCCGUGGGAUUGCUCGUGUGACGUCGUCGGCAUGAAGAUAUGGCUCGAGCAGCUCAGUGCAGGCACCGUUGUUAAUGAGGUUAAAUGCGAGACCCCCAAACGGCACAGCGGGAUUGAUAUGCGUUCCGUUCAGUCUGAACAGCUGUGUCCAGACUACUCUGACGUGGUCGUCUCAACAGCGCCCCCCACUGACGAGCCUCUGCCCGACAGAGCCACCACCACAGAGACCUACCAGAGAUCUAACCCCACUAGCAGCGUCGUCCCUCUCUCUGUCCUCAUCCUCAGCCUGCUGCUCGUGUUCAUCAUGUCCGUCUUUGUGGCGGCGGGGCUGUUUGUUGUCGUGGUGAAAAAGCGUAAAAAGUCCCAGAGCGACCGCACCAGCACCAACAACUCUGACGUGAGCUCGUUUAACUUGCAGUACAGCCUUUACAGUAAUAACCGAACCGUCCCCAAAGUCAAAGCCCCCGCCGGACACGUGUAUGAGUACAUCCCUCACCCUAUGGGCCACAUGUGCAAAAAUCCCAUUUACAGGUCCAGGGAAGGCAACACAGUCGAGGAUUACCGCGACCUCCAUGAAUUGAAGGUGACUUAUAGAAGUGAUGUGGAUGAGGAGAGGAACAGCAACAUGAGGAGUCCCACUUAUAGCGUGAGCACUAUUGAGCCUCGCGAGGACCCCUCCCCUGCACAGAAUGCUGAGCACUUCUUCAGGGGCAUCAUAGAGGCGGACAACCAAUCCCCCUCCGGUAACAGUCUAGAAUACAAGUACACUGGCCCUGUCUCGUAUACGUACAACCCAAACUUUGAUGUUAGACGCCAGUUCUUACACCCAGAGAGGAUACGAGAAACAGUGCUUUAUGGCACAGCGCCGAGUACUGUUUACGUGGAGCCCAACAGAAAUGAAUAUUUGGAACUAAAAGCGAAACUUCAAGUCGAGCCGGACUACCUCGAAGUUCUUGAGAAACAGACCACUUUCAGUCAGUUUUGA